GAAGUAAACUUGCAAAAAAGGUUACGCAGCAUCGAUAUAAUACUGCUUCAUUACUAAUAUGAUACAACUGUUACGCUCUCACCACCGUUUCAUUACAACUGGUUGAUUUCUCAACGUAACAACACUGUCACUCAAAACGGUUAUUACCGCAAACCGGGUUCAAAUAUACAAGUGGAUGAUACUAUCCGACGAAAGUUGCAAUUUUUUUGACUGAAGGAAAUGGCAACAAAUGCAACAUCUCAAGGUACUUGUGCUGCUGAAAUACCCAAAUCGAGCAGUGAAAUGUCACCUCAGCAGCAACAACAACAUCAAACGGCGACACCAACGCUGAACAAUUUACUCCGAACAGAUGGUGCUGUUACGCCUGGGACACCAGUGUACAACAUAGUGCCGCAAGGCACACAACUUCAGAAUGUACAACAGCAAAUGCAAAUACCACCACAUAUUCAACAUAUGCUGGUUCCACCGCAGCCUAGCUUCUCGUCUUCGG